AUGGCGCAGCAUCAGUCGGCCAAGCGGAAACGGAGAUGUUCUUACAGUGACAGGACGCAGGGCAGCUCAGAGCCACCGAACUUCCCAAAUAACUCUAUCAACCCUUUCAGCCGUUCAUCUAGCGAAAGACGACAGCUAUCUCUAGCCGGUCUCGAAGAUACUGAUGAGGAUCCAACGCGAGGGCUAGAGUGCUUCCCUCACCGUGGGCUCAAUCGCAAGGCUCUUGUGGCCGUGCCAGAGAAAGAGGAGGAAGCACAGGAAGAGGGGGACUUGGAUGUAUCCGAAACACCACAGCUGAUGGCAGAGAAAUCUGAAAGCAUCGCCAGCAGUGGGAAGGAUAGACGCGCCCGGAGACGGCCAUGCUUGAAACAGCCAACAAGUCGGUUAGAUACUCUGCUACGAUCUAUUCACCAACUUCUUGACCUAGGGGAGGUGGCAAAAUCGACGAGAUUAUUUGGCAUAUUGCUGCAAGUUCGCCCUGGCAGCAGGCCAAUUGAUGUCCGUCAGCACAACAUCUGGGCAAUAGGUGCCGAAAUAAUUAUGAGAGCCGGCGAGGAUGCCACUUUACUGCACCGAGACCUACACAACGUUGAUAUUGAAAGUCAUGAAUACAGUGACAAUUUUCUACCCGGAUCAAAGAGCUAUACACGUAUCCGGAUUCCAAGGAAAUGGGACUCUGCAGAAAAUCUCAAUCAACUGAAAACUUACUUACGAGAGCUUAGUCAGAAAUAUCCAUAUGACCACAAGUUCCCAAAGAAUACUUCAGCACUAGACUUUGAGCUUGCGAUGCUGACCUGCGAAGUAUACAGCUGCCACGCUAUGUACGCCUCAGAAAAUCCAUGCACCACUGCUUUGCAAUUGGGCUUGAAAGAGCCACCCACACGAAUAUCAGGUCGGCAAUUUGAGGACGUUUACCAAUAUGAGCAGCCAGAGAUGGCCGUAAACCAUGAGCAAGCUGAUCCGGAAGUACACUUGCGAAUUCAGAGAGAACGCAUCCUACUCCAUGCGCACGACACCUUGAAGGAUAUUUCCAGGAGGAUGGACACGCUUAUCAAGGAGCUGCCAUAUUCUAAAAAUCACUACUUCCUCCGAUUACGGGCAACAGUAUCACUUCUUAUUGCUGAGCUUCUGACCCAGGGCGAUGGCAGUCAGCAAGGGAUGGCAAAUGAACCGCUAACAGCUAUUAAGGCGGAGAAAGACAUUGCCAGCAUCAUGCUGCAAAGAAUUACCGACAACGGCGGCCAUACUGCCAGACCAUUGACGGACCUCAUUGACCAAUACUCAAGCUCAAAGGAAGACUCGCAGCGACGUUCGCUAUAUGCGUCACUGCCAAUCAGAAGCACAUGA